AUGGCGAAGAUUGCGAUUGGGAGUAGCGACGAGCCCGUGCAGCCAGACUGCAUCCGUGCGGCGGUUGCCGAGCUGAUCCUCACGUUCCUCUUCGUCUUCGCUGGCGUCGGGGCUGCCAUGGCCGCCGGUACCCUCUCCCGCAGGCCUUUCCUUUCCAUUCACCCUAAGUUUCCGAACGCCAACGUCUUCCCCUUCUUUUCUUGGCUUCACUGUAACAGCGAAGAUGGUGGGAGGAGGAGGGAUCGCAGGCCUGACAGCCGUGGCCGUUGCUCACGCUUUAGUGGUGGCUGUGAUGAUCUCGGCGGGCCUUCACAUCUCUGGUGGGCACCUCAACCCCGCCGUCACACUGGGUCUUCUCGUCGGUGGCCACAUCUCCAUCAUCCGUUCCAUCAUCUACGUGGUCGCCCAGCUUCUGGGUUCUUCCCUGGCAUGCCUCCUCUUGAAGUACCUCACAGGAGGCCUGGUGAGCACAAUUCUUCACUCAGACCUCUACGCUUGAUCCCUUUUCUUCAAACUCCUGAUGCCGGAGCGUCAACGGGAGCUGCCGCAGGACACUCCGGUUCACACCCUCGCCGCCGGGAUGGACGCUAUCCAGGGGCUGAUCAUGGAGAUUGUCCUCACGUUCUCCCUACUGUUCACCGUCUACGGCACGAUAGUAGAUCCUAAGAAGAUCGUCCCCCCUGGGCUAGGUCCGCUACUGGUGGGGCUGGUGGUGGGUGCCAACAUCCUCGCCGGCGGACCCUUCUCUGGCGCGUCCAUGAACCCUGCCAGGUCCUUCGGGCCUGCUCUAGCGAUCUGGGACUGGACAGAUCACUGGGUUUACUGGGUCGGCCCCCUCAUCGGUGGCGCCCUCGCCGGCCUGGUCUACGACAACUUCUUCAUCAUCGAAAGUACCCAUGAUCCCCUCCCAACGGGGGAGGAAGGAUACUGA